GAAACACAACCCUGAUCUGCUCAAAACAAUCCCAAACUUUAGCUUCUUUUUUAAAAGUUAGUUUAAAAGUGAUUGGAAAGGAUAUUUCAAGAGGUGCCGCACUACAAGUUCUCCCAUAAGUUUAUUCUAAAUCCAUAUCCAGCCCUUGGAAUUAAUAAGGUCAGAAUCCUCAUGACAAUUAUUUAUAAUGUUUUUCAAUGAACUCAAAGCUUGGGCAUUAUUACUCAUACCUGUCAUUCAAUCCCCUUUCAUGAGGCCAUAUCUAGUCCUAAUCAUCUUCCACCACAGCUUCCUUUGACUCAUAUGAAGUCUCCAUAAUCACCGAGCCCGAGAGCCAUAUUAAAUAGGGAGAGAGAUCAAAUACUUCAACCCCAAGCAGAUAUAGGCUGUUUGAUAUAUUUCCAAUUAACCAGGUGAUAAUUCCUCUCUUCUCCAAGUUGCUCUGAAGGAAACGACACUGGAUUUCUUCAAGGCUUUUAGCCAGUGAUGAGCAUGGAGAACAGAAAAAUUGAAUAAAUUUGGAGAUUAGAGAGUGUAUUUCUAAUGAGAGUAAAUCUGCCACCUCUAGGGAGAUAUCUUCUUUUCCAACUGCUAGCGAUGUUUCCAUGUUACUGAUCAUGGGAUUCCAAAUUUGAGCAAGCACACCCUCCAGAUGGACCAAUUCUGAUUUGUCUAGAUGGAUCUCUAAGCAGAGAGCCUAAAAUGCAACAGGAGGCAUCUAAUAUAGAUGAAUGAGGCUAUGUUUGCUUACAAAAGAGAGUAGCAAAGAGGAGAUGGGCCAGCACCUGCUCAUUCUCACCAUCCUCCUCCUCUGAAACAGAUUUUUCUCUAUGGCAUUGGUGGUCAUCUUGUUGAAAGUUUCCAUGAACAAAAUAACAUGAAAGGGGGAUAGAGAGUUACCUUGCUUCAGGAGGGCUUGAAGAACCUGCAAGGUCCCCCAUUAAUCAGAACAACAAAGGAGGCUGAAGAGAUGAACCAUUUAAUCCAGUUGCACUGACUAAUAUCGAAAGCCAUUUUUCUGUAGAUUUUUACCUUUAUCCUUUAUUUUCUCCAUGUGCUGCCUAUAUUUUUCCAACUGAAAUUCUUCCACUUGAAUUCUACCCUGGAUAAGUUGAUAAUUUUGAGUGGGAUGUGGCCUGUGUUUUCAUUCUUGAACCUAAGGCAGAUUGUAAUCAGUGGAGGAACAAAAUUUUAUCACAUGGUGACAGUUUUUUUUUUGUCUAAAUCAGAUUAUACAAAAUUGCGGCUAGAAGAUAUUAAACAUGGAUAAUAAAACAUGUCUUCGCUUCAAAUCCUGUGAAACGUUUAAAAUGUAAAAUUAGGGAGUUGCAUAGAUCAAUGUCUGGAAAGUGGAGUUUUAUGGGUAGACAUGUAAAAGAUAGUGACUUGUACUCGUAAUGGCAUCAUAGGAGAUUCAGUUUUUGGUAGCCUUAUCGGCUCAUGAACUUGGAUGAAAAAACAGAAUAGACUGCUACAUGAGAGAACUGCUACUUCAUCCGAUUACUGCUAAGCUCAGUUGGUUGCUGCUCAUUUUUGUUUCUUGUAGGACUCUUUUGUUCCAGUUAUUUUGGUUGAGAACAGUGGGAGAUGCAAUAAAAAUGAGAAUGACGAAAAGGUUCUUCCAAAUGGUGAAACUUGGGUUCCAAACUUGGUAAAAGGAAUUGUAGAUGUUGCAACUAGUAGGAGCAAAGCUAUUGUGGUUGACAAGAAGUUGAUAGAUGGGUCUAACUCAGAUGACAGGGGAAAGAUGUUGAUCCCACUCAUAAUUGCGGUUCAGUUUGUUGUUGUCAAAUUGAUACAAAGAGCGAUCAGAAAUGACAUAGCAAAAAGCGGCAGACCUUUGUGAGAGCUGCAAGAUGCUUGUUUUGAUUUGAAGUAGAGAGAUCGGAAUGACCAGAACAGCCCAUGAUGCUUCGAGCACUGAUAUGCUUUAGGGAACAUAAUUUUCUCCAGCACCUAACCAAGCCUGCUAAAGUAGGAAUAAAAUAUUGCAUGUUGAAGAGGACCCUCUGCCCUUUCUUUUAAGCCUAUGAAGCGGCGGGAGCAGCCAUGGAUGGCCCCUCCAUCCCAAGAGUAGGUGGCUGGAAGUGAGUUGGGCAGGUUUUUGCUUUCUAUGUGCGUAGAUUGGGGAGAGAUUGGAAGGUCUGGAAGAUGAAGAAUAAGAGGAUGGCCAUGGGGGGACCAUGAUAAUGUACAUAGGCAUUUGAGCAUAUGAUUGCAGCUAUCGGCCGUAAAUCACCAUCAUCAUUAAAGACACCAAAUCACGAAGAUUGCAGAUUGCAGACAUUUUUUGUUCUUUUUUUUUUUGCAGAAAACUCCUCCAAACAAAUUCCAAAUUUUAAAAUUCAUCAAAUCAUGAGUAUGAUUAACUAAACCUAAUCAUGCCUAUGGGCCAUCGGCAAUUAGCUGUGGGCAACCGCUUCCGUCAUCAACGGACAGAUCCACUCCAGACUCCUCCGUUGUCCUUUUUCUAUUUACUUUUUGAACGUUGCAGAGCAAAAACUACAGAUAUAAGUAGGCUUGUGAUUCGAAAUGUAAGCAGCCACCAAAAAAGCCAGUUAGAGAUCUCGAUAUGGCCGGUAACUUGAAAAAUGCGGUGAUUGCAUUUCUCGUUUCGCUUCCGUCAAUAUUGUUUUAUGUCUUCUUCCUCAACUACCAACAGUCUCCUACCGGAGAAACCAGCUUUCUCUCUUCUCUGUUUUCGUGGUGCUUUAACCAGCCUCUUCUCUUAGCCAACAUCCUCUUCUUCUUCAAUGUCAACGUCCUUUUCUGGGUCAUCGGUCAAAUCCAAUCCAGUCACUGGAUGAUAGAUUUGUAUUGGACUGUCAUACCGGUGAUGCUUCUUCACUACUACGCAACGCACCCUUUGGCGCAGUACAAUUGGUGGAGAUCUAGAAUUGUGAUGGUAAUGACGUGGGUGUGGAGUAUCAGGCUCACCCACAAUUACUUCAGGCGUGAAAAAUGGCAGUGGGGUGCGAGGGAAGAUUGGAGGUUCUACGAUUUGCGCCGACAAUAUGGCAAACACUGGUGGUGGGUCUCAUUCUUCGCCGUCUACGCUUCGCAGCAGGUUUUCCUUAUUGGGAUUUGUCUCCCGUUGUAUGUGGUUCAUUCGAUUGAUAAGGCGUUGAAUGUCUGGGAUUUUGUUGCUGUGUCGGUUUGCUUCAGUGGCAUUGUCAUAGCACACUACGCUGACACACAGCUCCAUGAAUUUGUAACCAGAAACAACAAGCUAAAACAGCUUGGAAAGCCAGUGGUGCCUAAUUUAGACAGUGGGUUGUGGCAGUACUCGCGUCAUCCUAACUAUUUUGGGGAACAAUUAUGGUGGUGGGGACUGGUUAUAUUUGCAUGGAACUUGGGACAGGGAUGGACUGUUGUUGGAGCACUAAUCAAUAGCUUGUGUUUAGCUUAUGUGACUUUGCUUGUGGAGGAACGAAUGUUGAAGCAACAAUAUAGAGCUGAAGCGUACAGUCUAUAUCAGAAGACAACAUCAGUGUGGAUCCCCUGGUUCAGGUCAUCUGCAUCUGCAGUUAAAGAGAAGGACACUUGAUCUGACAUUUGUAACUGUGGUACAAGCUUCGGAAUUUAACUUAUUUCAUAUCAUCCAUAUCUUGAAUUCCUAUCUUGUACCUUGAGCACUUGUUCAUGUACUUUGUUGAAUUGGAAGGAGGAUGGGAGUUAUUUCUGCCUGCUCAAAUAUCUUUGAACAGAGUUGUGAGAAUUCUCUCAGCUUUUCUCUAAAAUUUCUAUUUUCCAAUAUUUCUUUGAAGCUGUAUGAUGUAGUAAGUGUGAAAUCUCUACAAAGUGUAACUAAAUAUUUAAUAUGGGAGUUUAUGAUUCAUGCCUUA